AUGGGCGCGCACGCAGCCCCACUUGUGCGCCCAUGCCCACCACCACACUCAACCCCACCACUGCUUCUCACGCUUCUCAUCGUCUUCUCCGGUGCCGUUGUAUCGUUCGAUUCGCCGGACUCCGACGCCCUUUUGAAAUUCAAAAACUCCCUGGGAGAUGUCAAUGAUUUAGCCAGUUGGAAUCCUUCAACGAGUCCGUGUUCAGGAGAUUAUGCGAGUUGGAACGGUGUUAUGUGCUUUAGCGGGAAUGUAUGGGGUCUACAACUCGAAAACAUGAAUCUAACGGGUGAAAUAGAUUUGGAUUCUCUCGUUCCUUUACGCAGUUUGCGGACUCUGAGUUUCAUGAACAAUGAAUUCGACGGUCCGAUGCCUGAUUUUCGGAAACUGGGCCCGUUAAAAUCAUUGUUUUUGUCGAAUAACCAGUUCGGCGGUGAGAUUCCAGAUGAUGCAUUCAUUGGUAUGGCUUCUUUGAAGAAAGUGUACAUGGCNAUUAAUCAAAAGCUGAGUGAGAAUCAAAGAAUAGCCACAUUCUCAGACCAACUUGCCCUCCACAGGACUUUAUAUUGGAGAAGUGCAUAUAUGAUGGUUGGCUCAAUUGCUGCUGGUGGACGUUAUGACAACCUUAUAGGAAUGUUUUGUACAAAGCAGGUUCCUGCAAUUGGUGUCAGCUUAGGAAUAGAAAGAGUUUUUACAAUAAUGGAGCAGCUUCAAAAAGAUCAGAACGAGGCAAUCCGAGCUACUGAAACUCAAGUCCUAGUCAGCAUUUUGGGGGAUGAUCUAACUCUUGGAGCAGAACUAGCAAGCGAAUUGUGGGAUGCCAAACUGAAAGCAGAGUACAUCGUUAAUAAAAGAAUGAAGAAGCACAUUGAUCGCUUAUUAGAGUCAAAGAUCCCUUUCAUGGUUAUUGUUGGUGAGCGGGAACUUAAUGAAGGGAUUGUUAAACUAAAAGAUGUUGUGGCCAAUAAAGAGUACGAUGUCCCUAGAAAUAGAGUUGUUGAGGAGCUUUACCAGCGGUUGAAUGGUAUGGCUUCUUGA